AUGGGUUGCAGCAGUACAAAGGCUCAGAAUCCCUACUUAGCAAAUUAAAGCACUAUGAAUACAAGAAAUCAAAAGUUUAGUUAGCAAGACUCCAUAAGCAACUAAACUCAUCCCAAUCUGAAAUCUAAUCAUAACCAGGAUUUUGAUUCCUUGCCAUAUCAGACUGAAGAAGGCUUUUAGCACUAGCACUCAGUCUAUUCUUAAUAACUGCCCCAGGUGAGAUCUCAAACACUUACAGAGAUUCCUAUAAAGACUAAAAACUUGGGAAGCACUCAUUAGCAGUCUAAAUUUCAGGUGGGUAAAAUAGAUAGUUCCAAAUAGCUGCUCUACGGACCAGGUAAGAACUUGAAAUACUCACAGUACCCUCCCAGAAAGCUGGACAUUACAAGAUUCGAGCUUUGGCAUAUGAUUCUAGAUUAUUUGAGACUCAGGGAGUUGGUGAAAUGUGCUGGGGUAUCCAAGUACUUAUUCACUUAAUGCUCAAUGGAUUACCUAUAUCAGAAGUUUACAAAUACUAACAAUGAUGUCUCAAUGCUUGAUGAGGAAGCUGAGGCAGAAGAAGGAGAAGAAGAUGAGAUGUAUUCAUCAUUUAGGACAACAAAUAAGACUUCGCCUGAAAUAAUUGCAUAAAAGAUAUCUCAGGAGUAGUUGCAGAAAAAUCCUACAAUGCCUAAUUAAAAGACCAAGUUAAAUAGCAUCACAGAAACUAUGAAUGAGCACUCAGAUGCUGAAAUGAACAGCAUAGAUAAGAAGCAAAGAGCUGUAGCAGCCAAUAAAAUGAAAAUGGAUAACUAUAUAAAGGAAGAGGAUGAGAUGUCCCUCGAGAAUAGCACCAUUACCAAUCAGAAUUAUUAGGGUUAGAACUUAUUGGACAAUAAACAUGGCAACCGCUAUAACAAUAAUAAUGAAAGUAACAUUAGCAGGGGCUUUACUCAUAAAAGUAUGACAAGUUAAACAUAGACUUUAUCUGCCUUUAACUAAUAAGGCAAGAUGCUAUUAAAGGAAAGUUUUCAUUAUGAAGAUAAAAAUGAUAUAAAUGGUGGAAUGCCUGUAAUAAGAAUAUUCGAAGAAUUAGAUUAAGACUCAGUAUCAAGGCAAAAAUCUAGUGGCAGAUUUACAGAGAGUCCAGUCAAUGCAAAUCACGAUGAUCAUUUGAAAAAUCAGAUACAGCAGAUAUAUGGAAAGGAUACUUAAAAAGCUAAUUAUGUGGUCAAACAAAUAGCAAAAUAAGAUAAACACAGAGUAAAGGACUAGGAAAAGCUCUAGCAAUAAUUCUCGAUCAUACAUGAAGAGACUAAUUCGAAGUCAGAAACUUUAACUUCAUUUGAGAAAAGCUAUAUGUCGAAGAACUCCAAGCAUCCUACUAUGCUUAUCCUGGAAAAAGCUAGUUUCGACUCCCUGGACGCUGACUAAUCAAUUCUCGAAGAUUAAACACAAACUACUAAAUCUCCAUCUAAGAAGUCUCCAAAUUAACUUGAAGUUCCAGAUUCGCCUGAUAAGAUUAUUAGUAAAGAAGCAAUGCCAAGGGAAGGCAGAAGUUAAAGAAAGAUAUUUAAUUACAAAAAAGUCAUUGAAGGCAUUAAUGUAGAUAGAUAAAAUACAAUUUAAUCAGAACAUAAUCCAGCAAUAUCUAUUAAGGUCUAAGGCUAACAAACUAUCACUAAAUCCUAGACUAUGGGAGAACAGCAAAUUACUAACAGAAAGUCUGAUAAGCGAAUAGAAUUCAAACCCUCUUCAUUAGAGUUAGACCCAAUAACAGGAGCAUAUAAGCCUAAGGAGAUUAUUGAUUUGGUAGAAAUGAAAGAUAUUAUAGACCAUAGGCAGCAAGCAAUUAAGCUAAACUACUAUAAGAAAAGAGAGGAGUAAAUAUCUUUACUUAGGCUCGAGUUAAAGAAUAAAAAAUUGAGAGAAGUUGAUGAGCGCAACAAGAUUAAUAAGAGCAUGAGCUAUUCAGCUAGUUAUGAUCAGAGGAACUAAAGUUAACUUCUUAAUGAUAGCACAUAUAAUAAAAAUAACCAGUCUAAUCAAACUGCUAAUGUUUCUAAGCGAUCCCAGCUUGAAAGUUUACACUCUCAGAUGAAAAAUGUCUACUACGAUCCUCAAUAAUACAAAAACUUGCUUAUGAAGUUUAUUUGCGAGGGUUACACUACAGAGGUGAGAAGAUUAAUAAGGGAUGCUCCGAAUGAGCCAAACUAUCUUGACUGCAGAGAGUUUUACUUCGGGAUGUUUGUAAACUCAGUGGACAAGAGUAAAGAGAGUAAAAUGAUAUCUCCUAUAGCAGUAGCAGUCAAUGUUGGGGACUAUGAAAUGCUAGAUGAUCUUCUAAACCUGAGGAAAAAGAGUCCAUUACAAUAUGCUUGCAGCUUAGGCUUAUAUCAAAUAGUCGAGCGAUUACUUCAAGAAGGUGCCAAUCCUAACAACGCUCCAUUAGAGGAAUAACAGCCUUAAAUUGACUACAACAUAAAUCCUUUGGUCAUUUGCAUGAACCCUAAGUACUAUAAUCAAGAUUUAUCGAUUGAUGGACUAACCUAUAAAAGAAAAUACACUCCUUUGAAGGAUGUAGAUCAUGAGAUUUGCAUGAAACUGCUAAUUAAGUACAAAGCCGAUCCAAACAUCAUUCUAGGUCAUAAUAAGAGGAGAAGGCCUAAGCCAGUUUUCCAUGCAAUAAAGCAGCAAAAAAUGCUGAAAUCUUUUUUAGAUAUAGUAGAUGACAAAGCAGCACUAGUUAAUUAGGCAAACUACUACUAAGAAACACCAUUAUGUUUGGUAGCAAGUGAACCUGGCGGAUAAGAUAAUGAUUUUAAAGCCAAGACUUUAAUCGCAGCUGGCGCAUCCUCAUUUGCCUCGCAGCUUAAUCCGUUACAUUUGGCAAUAAAGAAUAAAAACUAUAAGAUAAUGAGACUUCUAUAUAAAAAUGGAGAUGCAGCUCCAGGCAGAAACCUUGCAAAUGAAAUGACUCCCAUUUAAUUGGCUAUAAGGCAUGAAGAUACUAAUCUAUUUAAAGAAAUGCUAACUUGGAGGGACAACGUCAUUGACUUUGAGUAUCAAGAUGAACAAGGCAGGAAUCUGCUUCACAUUAUUGCUCAAAAUAAAUCCAUUGAUAUUUUCAAAAGUCUAGUCAGUGAGACUUCUAAUAAAUACUUAAGAAAUAUAACUUAGGCACUAAAUGUUUCAGUUGAUCCAAACUAACCAUAUUUGACUCCUCUCUACUAUUGCUACCCUAGCAUUGAACUUGCCAGACUGUUUAACAGAUACGGUGCAGAUGCUAGCAAGCUUUCCUUCCUUCAUUGUUUCUUCACUUAUAAUAAGCCCUAGCUAUGGGAACGAGCUAUUGAUAUAAGUAAAUCUGAUACGUAAAAGAAAGGCAUUGCUCUAUAAUCCUCUAGUUAUCAAGAUUACCUGGCAUUCCUAAUUAAAGAGCUUAAACUAGACAUUGAUGAGCAGGAUGUAGAGAGCAAAACUGCAAUUCUUCACACAUAUGAAGAAUUCCGCAAGGAUCAGAUGCUAUUCUUGAUUUAAUUAGAAGCUGAUUUAGAAGUGCCAAGUCUAGGCUUGGGCAAAACAAUGCUUUUGGAUGCAUUUCAUAAAGGUUACGUAGACUUAGUUCAGUUUUUGCUGAAACACGGAGCAAGUACUGAAGCGAAGGAUAGUCGUGGAAAGACUAUUAGUGAUUACAUUAAAACUGAUUAUCAAGGUAAAACCCAAGCCAUUAAAAAUGAACUUAGCUAGCUUUUGUAUAAACAUACACUUUCAAAGCCAUUUAGAAACUAUCAAGCACCUGCAAAUAGGGUUUGA